AUGGACGAAGACGUGCCAAGGGAGCCAGAGGAAUUCUGGCACAAAGAGUACACCACUACGGAGCACGAGAUUACCCAAACGAUAAUUACAACGGUGAACUGGACAGAACAGUGGUUGGUCCCCGUCGAAAGUGCCUUGAAAUCCCGAAAGGACGAAACCCUGACACGUCUUUUGAUUCGAAUGGUUUGCACCCUCCUUAUGAAUUACUUUCCAGAGGAGUAUGGAUGGGAGUGGGAUAUGGUGGAGGCGGAAGGGAAGGUGAAAGAUGAAGAGAUUUAUCUUGUCGAAUGCCACGACGGCAAUGACCCCACUGAACAUUUGCUAGUUCUAAUCUUGCCAGGUGGUCCCGACGGACCCCACGGUCCCAGUCUCACACAUUCCCUCCUGAGAUUCAAGAGGAUCUGCCAGUUGCGAUUUGGUAUCAUACCACAAGAUGAAGGAUAUCCUGCUGUGGCGUGGGGCGCAAUUUUCCAAGGUGCAAGAGCCGCAUUCUAUCAAGGGCAUGGGGCCACUUCCCCAUGGGGUCACGGCAGUGGUCUGAACACACCCGAAUCAAGAGAGCGAGAAUAUUCGCCGGUCUCAGCAAGGGAUACUGCCUUUCACGAUGCUUCCAUAGACUCCUUGCCGGGGCCUUCGGCUUUAGAAGACCUACGAGCGUCUCAGACUGCUGAUCAGAAUGGACCAGAAUCUCAGCAAUUAAGCCCCAAUGAUAUGAUUGCCCCGGUUGGAGCAAUGCAUUCUAUGUCAGUUAACUUGCUAGGGUCCAACAACAUAUUCAUGGAUAAUCCAGCCAACGGGGACACAAAAGGCGACAUAGUAACGCGAGGCAUUGUCACUGAGGAGCGAGCUCGAGUCAUGUAUGAACGGUUCAUGGGCGGAAGCAAGAAUUUUCUCCCAUUGUUCGACCCAAUUCGAGACACUUUUGAUUCCAUCCGUUCCCGGUCUGUAUUUUGUUUCACAGUCAUCAUCUAUCUUGCCAGUCGCGCUGUGACAGACUUGCGCAGCGAUACACAUUUGCAACGAGUGCUUCAAGAUGAAGCGCAGCGACUGGCCGAGGAUGGCUUCUUCGAACGACCUACGAAGCUUGAGGCGGUUCAAGGGAUGAUCUUACUGGCGGCAUAUUCCGAAAAGACAUGGUUUUCCACAGCGCUUAUCCUCCGGACAGCUCUGGACUCCGGCCUGGAAAAGUCAUUAGAUACGUUGCUGUCUCAAGAGAACGUUCCCCGGAGUUCCCUAACCGCCUCUAUGGCAGAUCGUCAGUUGGUGUGGCAGACAAGAACUUGGCUGAUUAGCUUCACUCUGGAACUGGACGUAGCGUCGGGCACGGGGCGUAAAUCACGCAUUGCUGAGGUGGAUAUUAUGAAGUUGCGCAAAUUCCUUGAGUAUCCUCUCUCACUACCAUGCGAUAUGCGCACUGUCUGCAUAAUUGAGCUUCAUCAACUUCGAGGCCAGUCCCGGGUCAUCAUUGAGAACUCAUCGACAAUCGACCAUAUCGUCUUAACCGAACUGCCAGCUAUCAUGGGACGAUUGCAGAAUUGGUGGACCACGUGGGACGAGAUUCACAACAAUAAUGGAUUCCAUGCAGGAGCCUUUCAGCGCAGCAGUCUAAAACUCAUGCUCAACUAUGCUAGGAUAUUCGUUCUCUGCGCUUCGCUGGCACGUAUUCAGAAACUACUGUCGGCUGUCUCUUCCUCUGACCCCGAAACUAUGGACCUGCGCGUUCUGAACCUAUGGCAGUCCCUUGUGACCACGAUCAUGGACCUAUUAGCAUUUAUCAUUACAGAGCCGGCCUACCGCUGUCAAUUAGAAUGGGCCCCGACGUACCCAGCGCUGACGAUCGCUUUUGUCACAACGUUUGCAUUGCGCAUCGCACGGUGGCGUCCAACGCUCAUUGAUCAGGAUUUACUGCUGGAACGAGUACACCAUAUCUGCGAAUUUCUUAAACAACCGCCGUAUCCGGACAUUCACCGCACAGUCUCCCUCUUUGUGAACUACGCCCGCGCUUUGAUUGUGAGUCAGCGCCCACGCAGUCAUGACAGUGCAGAUGCACCUAAUAUGCCCGAGCAUGGGGACGUGCAGGAACCUCUAAGCGGACGCCCUGAUGCCUCCGUGGUUACGACCCCUCCAACAGGGCUGGCUCCACUGGAAGAUACCAGCUACAGACCCGGCGCGGCCUUCCCAGGUGAUAAGGAAACAAGUGCGGUAUCGAUGCCAAGUAACGACAAAGCUGCGAUAUCUAGACCGCCUCUUUCAAGAUUUGCUGGUACUAUGGAAGCGCCCAACUGGACCAUGAACCCCAUUGCGGAUUCAUUUGGGCUUUUUGAGGAAGGCCAGAAUGAUUUAUUUGACUUCUUGCCUGUGAUGCCUUCUUUACCACAAUGA